GGGAGCAACACUGAGACGCCAUUUUCGGCGGCGGGAGCGGCGCAGGCGGCCGAGCGGGACUGGCUAGGUCGGCUGGGCGGCUGCUGCGAGGAGCCGCGGGGCUGUGCUCGGCGGCCAAGGGGACAGCGCGUGGGCGGCCGAGGAUGCUGCGGGGCGGCCGCGCCGGCGCCCCUCGCUGGUGACCGCUGCGCCGCGCCUCAAACAGCCGAGGCCGGCUCGGCGCGCAGUCGCUGCUCCGCGCGCGCGCCCGGCGGCGCUCCAGGUGCUGACAGCGCGAGACAGCGCGGCCCUCAGGAGCAAGACGAAUGUAUGACAACAUGUCCACAAUGGUGUACAUAAAGGAAGACAAGUUGGAGAAACUUACACAGGAUGAAAUUAUUUCUAAGACAAAGCAAGUAAUUCAGGGGCUGGAAGCUUUGAAGAAUGAGCACAAUUCCAUUUUACAAAGUUUGCUGGAGACACUGAAAUGUUUGAAGAAAGAUGAUGAAAGUAACUUGGUGGAGGAGAAAUCAAACAUGAUCCGGAAGUCACUGGAGAUGUUGGAGCUCGGCCUGAGUGAGGCACAGGUUAUGAUGGCUUUGUCAAAUCACCUGAAUGCUGUGGAGUCCGAGAAGCAGAAACUGCGUGCGCAGGUUCGUCGUCUAUGCCAAGAGAAUCAGUGGCUACGGGAUGAACUGGCCAACACGCAGCAGAAACUGCAGAAGAGUGAGCAGUCUGUGGCUCAACUGGAGGAGGAGAAGAAGCAUCUGGAGUUUAUGAAUCAGCUAAAAAAAUAUGACGACGACAUUUCCCCAUCCGAGGACAAAGACACUGAUUCUACCAAAGAGCCUCUGGAUGACCUUUUCCCCAAUGACGAAGACGACCCAGGGCAAGGAAUCCAGCAGCAGCACAGCAGUGCAGCCGCGGCUGCCCAGCAGGGCGGCUACGAGAUCCCCGCGCGGCUGCGGACGCUCCACAACCUGGUGAUCCAGUACGCCUCGCAGGGGCGCUACGAGGUAGCUGUGCCCCUCUGCAAGCAGGCCCUGGAGGACCUGGAGAAGACUUCAGGACACGACCACCCGGACGUGGCCACCAUGCUCAACAUCCUGGCCUUGGUGUACAGGGAUCAGAAUAAAUACAAAGAUGCAGCUAACCUACUGAAUGAUGCCUUGGCUAUUCGUGAGAAAACUUUGGGCAAAGAUCAUCCUGCGGUGGCGGCAACUUUGAAUAACCUUGCAGUCCUUUAUGGUAAAAGAGGGAAGUACAAAGAAGCAGAGCCAUUGUGUAAAAGAGCUCUGGAAAUCCGAGAAAAGGUUUUGGGGAAGGAUCACCCCGAUGUUGCCAAGCAGUUAAAUAACUUGGCCUUACUGUGCCAGAACCAGGGCAAGUAUGAAGAAGUAGAAUAUUAUUAUCAAAGAGCCCUCGAGAUCUACCAGACAAAACUGGGACCUGAUGACCCCAACGUGGCUAAGACGAAAAAUAACCUGGCAUCCUGCUAUUUGAAACAAGGAAAGUUCAAGCAAGCAGAAACACUGUACAAAGAGAUUCUCACUCGUGCACAUGAAAGGGAGUUUGGUUCUGUAGAUGAUGAAAAUAAGCCCAUCUGGAUGCAUGCUGAAGAAAGAGAAGAAUGCAAAGGAAAGCAAAAGGAUGGGACAUCUUUUGGAGAGUAUGGCGGCUGGUACAAAGCCUGCAAAGUUGAUAGUCCAACUGUUACAACCACUCUAAAAAACCUUGGGGCACUUUACAGACGUCAAGGCAAAUUUGAAGCUGCAGAUACAUUAGAAGAAGCUGCUAUGCGGUCUCGUAAACAGCGAAGUAUCUCAGAAAUACCUAAGAAAAUCUUAAGUGCUAAUGGGUCAAACCAUUUUCCCCUGCCUGGCUCACAGGGUCUUGACAAUGUUCACAAACAGAGGGUGGCGGAAGUGCUCAAUGACCCUGAGAACAUGGAGAAGCGCAGGAGCCGUGAGAGCCUCAACGUGGACGUGGUCAAGUACGAGAGUGGCCCUGACGGAGGGGAGGAAGUGAGUAUGAGCGUAGAGUGGAACGGGGAUGGCACUGGAUCUUUAAAACGCAGUGGUUCCUUUAGCAAACUCCGGGCUUCCAUUAGACGCAGCAGUGAGAAGCUGGUUAGGAAGCUGAAGGGAGGAAGUUCACGAGAGAGUGAGCCAAAGAACCCUGGCAUGAAGCGUGCCAGCUCUCUGAAUGUCCUUAACGUGGGUGGCAAGGCUGCUGAAGAUCGCUUUCAAGAACGAAAUAAUUGUCUGGCCGACUCGCGAGCUCUGAGUGCCAGCCACACUGACCUGGCCCACUGAGGGCCGGCAGGGCUAGGUAACCUGCCUUGGGAGUGUGAGACCGCCCUGCCCUGCCACGCCCCUCACCGCCCUGCCCGGAGGCGCCAGCCGCACUCCUUGGCUUCCUUUCCUAGAUAGUGACGUCCACCAACCUUGGAGGUGCCUUUUCAAAACACCCGGGUGGCCGUGCCCCAGCAUUCUGUUACCUGGCCUGCAGCCCCAGUGCCAGGAGCCGCCCCGACCGUGACCCGGCCAGGCUGGCUCAGGGAGGCCGAGGCGGCGCUGAGGUGGCUUCAGCACGCUGGGGAUUGGUUCCUGCUCACCGAUGCUGUUGCAUUUCCUGCCUGCCACCUUUUUGCCAUGACACCAAACUCUCUUUUAAAUUGUAAUAUUCUAAUAAGACUGUAAAUUAAGAAUCUGGAAACAUAAAGUACCCCUUUCAGAAUGAUAGGCAUUUAGUGAUCUAUGGCAGUAAAGCCUGAAGCUUAGCAGACACUGGUCAGUGGGAAGUGAAUUCCUUCCCAGCAGGAGCAUCUUCUGGGUCUCUGUUUCUGAGGUCCCAUGCCUGUGGCCCUGGGUGCCUGGGGCCCCAUGCCCACCUCUUUUGAGCAGUGUUCUCUCUCCCAGAUGCCCCUGCACACGAAGCCCAUAGAGACGUGCGUUUCACUUUUUUUUUUUUUUUUUUUUGAGACGGAGUCUCACUCUGUUGCCCAGGCUGGAGUGCAGUGGCCCGAUCUCGGCUCACUGCAAGCUCCACCUCCCAUUUUCACGCCAUUCUCCUGCCUCAGCCUCCCGAGUAGCUGGGACUACAGGCACCCCCCAGGCGGAUCACGGGGUCAGGAGAUCGAGACCAUCCUGGCUAACACGGCGUUUCACUUUUUAAAAGCUUAAGCUUUAUAGAAUGAGGGAGCAUGGUGGACUCUUGACAGGAACCUUUGCAAAUCAGUGCUGAGGCCGUAUUUCUUAGCCGUCCACAGACUAGUCCAUAGGUAAAGAGCAUACAAAACAGAUGCCGAGGUGAUCAGUGAUUCCAAAGGCUGAAGCUCAGAAGCGCCACCUCCAUGCCAGCCAACUAGGCUGCGGGAUGGAGGGGCGGUUUGUGAAACACCGGCCAUCCCGUGAAAGGUCAGCUUGCCGCUGUCAUGUAACAGGGCGGGUGGCGGCACAGCAGAGGCUCACACUUGUCGCCUUCAGCCCCUAGAAGCUCCCUGUGGGGCACAAAGGCUGGGGACAGUGUCCCGGGGUUUUGUUACAAGGCUAGACUUUAAAAUACCUUUGAAAGUUUCAUUUCAUCCCACCUCAUGUCGCAGGACUGCUGUGUUUGUGAAAACGUGUGGUUCCACAAGACAAGCUCCAUGUAGUCACCAGCGAGUGCCUGGCACAGGAGCUGCCCUGUGGAGCCAGCGUUGUCCCCGAGCUGCUCACCUGUGGCCGUGGCUCCUUUUCUGAGGCUCCUGACUCCAUUCUUGGAGAUUCUGAUGGAUCAGGAGCUUACUUUCUAAAUGCUACAUAGAGGUGUUAAAGAAAAUUUGAUAGGUUCUGUAAUAGUGGAUGGGAUUAAAAGAAAAAAUGUUAGAUUAUAUAUAUAUAUGGCUGGGUGCGGUGGUUCAGACCAGUAAUCCUAUAAUCUUAGCACUUUGGGAGGCUGAGGCGGGAGGAUCACUUGAGCCCAGUUCAAGAACAGCUUGGGCAACAUAGCGAGUCCCUGUGUCUACCAAAAAAACCCCCAUAUAUAUAUAUAUAUAAAAUUUGAUGGGUUGUGGGAAGCCACCACCCCCCAAAAAAAGGGGGUUGUACAGCUGCUUCCCUUGACAGGUGCUGUGGCUGCCCCCGUAGUGGGCUACGUCUGUGCCACAGGCAGGAGGGCUCCGGAGCUUCCCUUGUGGUGGGGGUGCCUUGUCCCUGUGAGGAUGUGAGCAGAGUUUGGAACCCAGACAGCUUCCCUUAGUGACAGUUAUCUGGAAAGGAAAAAGGGCAUUUAGAAGGAAUAAAUAUAGGGCUGAAUGUGGAGUUGAAUUUUAACCUCUUCAGUCUGAUGGGUGCAGACGAGGUUGUGUGGGGCCUCUGUGGAGCCUGCUCUGGCUUCCAGCCAUGGGACUUUAGGGCCGAGGUGGCCUCUGCAGCACUGUGGCUGUGGGAUCAUUGUGUGUUGGGGUAAGAGAAGCCAGCUCGUAAAGGAAGGUUCGUGUUUCAGAGAGGGAGGUAGCAAGGGAAUCUGAGUACCUGAGUCCCCGAUGUUUGAACCCCCCCACCCAAUAGAAGUGCAGUGAUUUAAGCCAUUUCCCAUAUGGCGGUCUGAAUUUUUCCCUUCAGAGGAGAGAAGUGGUGGGCCCAGCCAUCCCUCCUUCUCUGUGUUCUUUCUGGUGAGAGGAACCCCGUGUGAGAGUCACACCUGUUUCUUCAGAGUUGCUGUCAAAAUAAUCACUGCACCCCCCAUGGCAGCCGUGUGUGCAGCCCCCGGCCCCAGCAACCAUGGCAUGGGAGCGUCUGGGUCUGCGGGCGGACAGCCUAUCUCUGGGUAGUCGGUGCAGCUGUGGCAGAAACCAGGCCCCUGGGGAGGUCCUGUGACAUGAAUGCUUCCCUGAAGCAGCAGCAGUGUGCGGCUCAGGGGUCCUCAGAGGCCAGUGGUGCCCGCGGGUGGCACGGGGCACUCUCAUAGGCAGCACUUGGUCUUGUGUUUACAGUAUUGGAGGGAUUCACAUUGUUAUUUUCUGGAUUAAGCUGCUAGGAAUAUCAUGUAAUUAGAAAUUCAGUGUUUAUAGUAAGAUGUAUUAAACAUUGCUAAUGAUGUAUGGUUACGGUCUAUAACAGGUUUUCCAUUGUCCUAACUGGAAUUUUCUUGGAGGAUGUCAUUAGCUUCUGUUUGCACUGACUUGCGAGCUGUGUGUACACUAUGGUCAGAUUUCUGAAUGCUGUAGCGCACUUACCAGCUCUGACCACGUCUUGCUAGGGCCGGCAGGCUGCGUGUGCAGCGGGGCCAGCUGUCUUAGGGCUGAUAUGUAGACGUGUAUUCUGUUUACAAUUAGUUCCCCAAUGUUGUGGGGAAGAACUUAAGUGGUUUUAGUGUUUUAUAAUAUGGUGAGGCAAUGAGGGUCAGGGGUGUGGUCCCUGAGGGAGGGUCUUCAGGGCAAGACCCGUGGCCCUGGCCCGGGACUGUGCUCCCCAGGGCGUGGUGCCUCCCUAAGGGGAUGGUCAGUGCUCCUGGGACUGCCAGGCCAGCCCUUCUGCAGACUCCUGUGGUGGGAGUUCCCUGGGACGGGAAGCCCCUCAGCCCCUUCCCUCCGGGGGCAGGAACUAAGCCAGCAUGGGCAGGGCCGGCCGAGCUUCCAGGCGUGUUUUCUCUGUUAAAUGUACCUCUGUCUUUAAGCUGUCUCAUUUUCUAAUCGCUGGCAUGUCUUGCCUAGAAAAGCAUUUGGAAUUGCUUAUGUUCAAUUACAGAAAUAAAAUGUCUUACUAGCUGUCGUA